AUGGCUCGGAUGUGGCACGAUGAGAAUACUUGUCUUUUAAAUCCUCUCGUGGAAGAAGUGGUGAGUGAAGAAGAAUUGGAGACGAAACAGGAAGAAUUACAAAUUGCCAUACCUUUCCAUUUGAAAUGGUUUGUAACUGGCUUUACGAAUGGUAGAAAGGCAUGGUCUAAUUCUGUUGUGCAUGUUAGUAAUUUGUUGGGACCUGUCAAAUCUUGGAAAAUGGACACACAGAAUGGUUAUGUAGUGUUGGGAGUUGAUACUCAAUUCUCGAACAUGUUAACAUUGAGUAGGGAUGGAAGGAUUAGAGUGAAUAGAGACACGGUUGACUUUUUUGAUUUUGUAACGAUGGUAAAUCGUCCAUUGAAUCCAGAAUUUUACAAUUUUGAAAAGUUUAAAGAAAGAGUGUACUUCCCCUUCUCAAUGACUAAGGGAUUUUAUAGUAUUUUGCCAGACAAGUACAAGUUUGUGGACAGGUUGACCAUGCAUGCUAUUGAAUUGGAUCCAAAAUGUUAUACUUAUGUUCCAGAUUAUAUCAAGAGGAUGAAACAUAUUGCCAAGAAGGUGUUUAUUAGAAAUCCAUCCUUGGGCAGAUUAAUUCCAAAAGAAAUUUUGGAAGAUACAGAUUUUGUUAUGGAUAUUUACAAAUCAUCACAAUCAAUUCUGUUUUAUGCUUCUCCUAAAGGAAAAUGGUGGAGUGAUAGGGGUUUUAUGAUUGAGGCAUUGAAGCGUGAUGUAUGUUUAAUAAGAAACUGUUCUGAGGAAAUACGGACUGAUAGAGAAAUUAUUGACAUGAUUAUUGACAUUGAUGCAGCAAGUUCUUUUCAAUAUAUUGGAAAAUUCAAGGAAGACGAAGAUAUUGUGAAAACGGCACUAUUUAAAUCAAACUUCAAGAUUCUGCAUUAUAUCAAUAGUGAUUUUCUACUUAAUAAUAGAGAACUAGUUCUCACAAUACUGAAAAGUAAUGGAAAGUAUAUUAACGAAAUGCCAGAGUCAAUCAAAAAGGAUAGAGAAUGCUUUUUCCUAGCUGCAAGAACGCCUUAUUUCACAUACAAAGUUCAAUCUCUUUACAAAAUAAUAGAGAGUGACAGAGAGGAUUUCAAAUCAAUUCUGCAAUUUAAUCCGGACCUUUUGGAGAAGACCAUUUUCAAACACGACAGAGAGCUCCUUAAAGAGGCUCUUUCACACAGUGGAUAUUGUCUCAGAUUUGCAAGUGAAGAAUUCAAGGCAGAUAAGGAACUUGUUUUGACAGCCGUAACAAACAAUGGAUCUGCCCUAAUGUAUGCUUCUCCAAAACUCAAAGAUUGUGAAGAGGUUGUCUUGGCAGCUGUAAUGAAUAAUGGAAAAGCAAUUCGCUUUGCUUCAAAGAGAUUAUCAUCCAAUCAGAAAAUUAUCAAAUCAAGAAAGUUAAAGUAA